AUGAUCCUGGAUGGUACCCAAACUUGCACACUCACACUACCGGCAGGUGGCACUGUCAGCCAUGCGGAGUGUUACGAAAAUAUGACAAUUUCAGGACUGUUCAGAGGCAACCUGACGACAAUAAACACCGUUUCGGUUGACACGGUGGUGCACCUCAUUUCGUCGGAAACUGGCGCAUCUCCGUCUACUGACAAAGAAGAGCCGAUCAAAAGAAUAGCAUUUGGGCACACCGCAGACUUUGCUGAUGUUGAUAACCAGGCUGUCGACAUGGUUGAAGUUAGUCAAAGUAUUGCUGCUGUUCUGGUGAGUGAUUUCACUGACCGGGCAACUUUCUUUGCAAAUUUGAUUCGCCUUGUGCGCAAAAUGGAACUCAAACAGUUGGAAGAACUGUACAAUAUCUACAAAGACACAGAACAGGCCAAGGACCUUCUGGCCCAGGUAAUUGUCAAUGCUGGAACCAAGGCAGCCCUCAACCACCUGAUGAAUGAAAUCAUCAAGGGUCGGCUAAACGUGCCUAUUCUCCAACUCAGUCUGCUACCCUCGCCAACGUUUGAACAGAUUGAAAUCAUCGGGGUUAUAAUUACCCUGCGUGCGAUUGGAAAUCUCGGACGAGUGAGCAAUUUAACUGAAGUUUACCCCGUGUUUGAUGAAUGUCUCCGCCAUCCGAAUACUUUUGUGCGAUCAGCUACCGCCGAGGCCUUCCGCAAGUUCCCUUGCGACGAGAGGAUUGACGUAUGUCCGCUUAGAAAGUCGUUCCAGUUCUGA